UAGGAAUUUUUAAGUUCAUUCUGGGAUUGAACUCAUGCAUGUUGACCACAGCGGGGCUCACACUUAAUGGUCUCAUAACCUGUAGGCUACUGGGACAAAAGAGCUCAAUCACCACCAGCGCCUGCUGGUAGAAGGGCCGACCAACCGCGGGACCCCCAACAUAUUCAAAGAGAAAAAAAAAUAUUUAUAAGCAAUUGUAAUAACUAGUUUAACACCCCACUUCAUGAGUAAGAGCUACUCUCUCUCACAUCACGGCGUGGAACUUAAUAAGAGGUAUUUAAGAGGAGUCAGGAGCUCUAGACUGCAUCUUUUCUUUUUAAACAUCAUAUAAACGGAAAGCCUUGACAUUGACGAUAUCUCGUUUUCUAAAGCUUUGGAAGAGAAAACGUCCACUAACCUACGGAAGCAACAUGGCCUUAUUCAGAGAUAUGGCGGGCAUGAAGCCCUUGACUGCGACGACCACGGACAGUGUUCUGAUCAUCAUUGACGCGCAAAACGAAUACGCAUGCGGGCUUCUGAAAGUCGACAAUGUCGACAAAAGCCGCGUUAUUAUCAAAUCUCUCCUUGAAAAAUACCGUGCCACCGCCAAAGCCACGGGCAAGCAGAACCUUGUUCAUAUCGUCCAUCAAACCGCCGCUGAUGCGCCUGUAUUCACCACUGGCACCACAUUGGCGGAUGAGUUUGAGGAGUUAAAGCCCUUGGAGGGUGAGAAGGUUAUCACCAAAAAGUUCCCCAGCGCAUUUGCGGAGACGGAUCUUCACGAAUACUUGCAAAGCCUCGGUGCGAGAAAGAUUGUAUUGGUGGGGUACAUGGCACAUGUCUGCGUAUCUACCACAGCCAGAAGAGCUGCUGAGCUUGCUUAUGAUAUCGUCGUCGCCCAGGAUGGAGUUGGGGGUCGUCCUCUUGGCGAAUAUUCGGGUAAUGAAAUCGCCAAGGUUGCUCUACUAGAAGUUGCGGACUUCUUUGGGACGCUGGUAUGGAGCAAGGACAUUAACUAAGGGCGCUUGGAACCAUUUUUUUGCCUCCUCCAGUUCGGGCGUCUUCCUUGUCCGACAAUGUUCUGAUACGAAUUGAUGUCCCGCAUACAUUAAUCCGUAUAUUUGAUAAAAACUCAGCCAAACGUGACUACACGUUUGCGGAAACUCCCAUUUUCCAAUUGCAUUAUCAGUGAACCAUUGGGUUUUGCUCUUGUGAUGGUAUAGAAAUUAUGUAAUUUGAUAUGCAAUCAGCUCUCUUCGGGUCUCCAAAAUAAGCUUGAUUUCCAAAAUGAAUGUAUAUUUGGGUCAAAUGGUGGAAGUAGCAUUGAUCGUCUCGUCUUAAGGAAUCGCAAUAGGACUUGUUCAUUAUCAUCGGGCCUAAAUCCAGCUUCAUGUCAGUUUUGUCGCAACGUUGAAAUAGCAGUAAUCAAAAAAAGUAUAUAUUUCCGUACAGUCGAACUAGGUUUUCAUCGUCUAGGGUGCCACCAAAAAAGAGGGCAGGGUUUGACGACAGCAUAUCCAGAAU